GCGGAGGCUUUGUGUGAUUGUGUCGGGUUUAUGUGCGCAUACUGAACUGGUGCUGACUUGUAUAGAGUUUUUUCUCGCUGCUCUCCUUACUAUUUGGAAGAGCGCUUGAAGAAGGCAAUGUUUUGUGCUUCUCGUGUCUCAUCUCGCAACUCUUCGAGGGUUAUUCCUCUAUUGCUGAUAGGCUUGGUGUUGGCCCUGUUAUGUUUCCAAGUUGAAAGUUCGGUGUUGCAACAUAGCAAACAGAAACAACAAGAGAUAGAGUCAAGGACAUCUUCACUAGCUACUUCUCGUUUGAAGACGCAGGAAGAGGUCAACGUUUUGUGGCGCAAGAACAAUGUCGAUCGUUCCUCUUAUUUUUUGAGUAUGCUACCAUCCUUUGUUUCAGAAAUGGAAAACGUUGUCACUCGUGGUUCGAAUCCUGCUUUUGCUUUACCAUCACCGUUUCAGUUUGUCGCUGCCUCUUCAACGCCUAAUCCAACGGCUACUCCAAAUCCAUCUGGACCACCCGUGGUUCAUUCUACUCCAUCGCCUUCUCCAGGAAUGGCUUACUUAUUUAUCAAAAUACUGUUGAGGUCCUUUAUAACGGAAGAAAUUUCGAAGGAAAUAGAGUUGGACCUCGCAGAUGCUGCAAAUGUUCCCGUAUCAAAUCUAAGCCUCGUUAAUUUCCAAGUCGGUCCUAUUUUGACGUACGUGUUAGAAGCAGAAAGACAGUUGGCGCCUUCCCUUGUCCAAAGUCUUACUUUCUAUAUCAAAAGUGGCCAACUGGCGGCAUCUAUUAAUAAUGGUCCUAUCAUCCUAGUUGAUGAUCCUAUUGAAUUUUCCGAGUCUGGGCAGUCAGUAAAUGAGUCUCAAGUUGCACCUGCGUUGCGCUCAACUCCUCUCCCAACUGCGGGAUUUCAUCGAGUUUUGUAUGAGAUACGAUUCAACAACUUUACCACAAACAUUUUCACGGCAGCCAUUAACAAUGAUAUUGAAGAUGUACUUGCGGCACAACUCUCGGGUAUGAAUGUCAGCGAUAUCCUUUUGACGAAUCUCUUUAACUGCUCUGGAAAACCUCCUUACGUGCUUGCUGAUUAUAUUACAGUGUUUGCUUCGAAUGAGACGAAUGAUGCAAUUAACAAAAUUUAUAAAUUUGUCAACAGCGGUGCGAUGCAAAACUUAACUCACUUGGACGUUAUUAUGAUAAAAAUGCCCAAGACAAUGGAGAGUCUGUUACAAACAAGCUCGAGUCCACAACCAGUAGGUGCCAUUGUAGGUGGUACAGUAGGAGGUGUUAUUGGAGUUUUAAUUAUAAUUGGGUUGAUACUGUUUGUAUUUUAUUUAAGAAGGAGAAGACGAAAGAAAUUUUUAAGGGAAGAAAGUGACUCUACCUUUGAAAAAUUUGGUAUGUUUCCACAAGCGCCUCAACCCGCUUGGUUGGGUGACUCUGAUUCGCCUGGAUUGAACACCAGUAAUGGAUUUCACAACUUUGUGGGCCAUAAUUUCUUUUAUACGGUACACAAAAUUGAUGAAGACUUGGAUACUGUGCAUAGUUCAAAUGGUAGUUGGGUAGCUGGAGUCAAGUGGGAAGGAGCGACCCCAUUCGAUACCGAUAAAAAUCUCACCAAUGCCAAUAAUAUAUUUGGAAAUGGUGUGAAUGAGAAAUCGGAUAUAUCGGAGCGUUCAAGUGACCUUCUUAAAUGGAGUCCUUCUCAUAGCACGAAAGAUACAAAACACGAUGCCCCUUGGGAAAUACCGUUUGAAGAGUUAACAUUGAUGCAUUGUGUUGGUGUUGGUGGAUUUGGUAUCGUUUAUUCUGGUCUUUGGCAUGGAACUCAAGUCGCAGUGAAGAAAUUGUUAGAUCAGGACCUAACCGAAAACCAGAUAGAAGAAUUCAGAGCGGAAGCGAAAAUGAUGGCGAGACUUCGACAUCCCAAUAUAGUUCUUUUUUUGGGUGCCACAACUUGCCCUCCUAACUUGAGCAUUGUAACGGAACUGAUGACUUUGGGCAGUUUGUACAAGGUCUUGCAUGGUUCCACCAAGACUCAUCGUUAUGGAGAUGAGAAUAGCGAACAUGCUUCAGGUAGCAGUAGUUCUCAAAGCAGGAUUUUGCCACUUUCUUGGCGACAACGAGUUUUCAUGUGCAUUGACGCUGCUAGAGGUUUGAAUUAUUUGCAUCAGCAUCAUCCACCAAUUGUACAUCGAGAUUUGAAAAGUUUAAAUCUGCUUGUUUCAGAAAACCUUACGGUUAAAGUAAGUGACUUUGGCCUAUCGAGAGUCAGAAAUAGGACUUUUUUAACAAGUCGACAUUGUGGAGGAACUCCUGAAUGGACGGCACCUGAAGUUCUUCGCAGUGAACAACACAAUGAGAAGGCAGAUGUUUAUUCCUUCGGGGUUAUCAUGUGGGAAAUGAUCACACGCAAAGUUCCGUUUGAGGGUAUGACGUCUAUGCAGAUUAUUGCUGCAGUUGGUUUUAGAAAACAGAAAUUACCUCCUCCUUUGAUACCUAGUCCAUUACCUCCCAAUUUGUCUGGGAUGCACAGAUACGUUGAUGUUAUGGAAAGCUGCUUUGCAGAACCAGACAAGAGACCUUCCAUGUCUCAUAUUCUUUCUGAGCUUUGCAAAAUUGUUCAGUCAAGUGAUGAAUAUUCAACAAACCAGCCACCAUUGCGAAAAAACUUUAGUUCAUCCGUGGCAGAAACAGCAAGAACUUCUUCACCGUCUCUGAGAAGAAUAUUGACAGACAAUAGCUAUGAUGAUAUGAAGCAUCCACCACAAACACCGACGACUGCAUCAAUUAAGAGACCACUUCAAAGGGGUCCAAAAGACUGGAUGCAACUGGCUCCUUUGGAUCUUUCAGAACUAGAGUUCUGACAAUAAUGUUUGAACUACUUGUUAGGGCUCUCAAUGAAUAUAAUUAUUUUAUCUUUGAAAUGAAAUUCUGACGGAAUAGUUCUUUCGUUACUUUGAAUACCAGCGUAGUUGCUUACGUGGUUAUUAAAUUUCUUUCAUAUGUGCUCGGUAUAUUGUAUUUU